CGAGGAGCUUGGCGGGCAAACACUGCGAUACCCGUUCCUUAUCAGCGGAGACUCGCCUUAACUUAUCCAGCUGUUUCUAUUGUUCACCACACUCACAGCGGCGACGGACGGGAUGAAAUUCCGACAACUCAUGUGGGCGGCGUGGGCGUGGUGGGUGUUUCUGACGGCAUGUGCGUGGGCGGAGAGCGGUGUGGAUGAGGGUGUUGAGUGUCCCUGCGGUCUGGAGCCAGCCUACGAUAAUGUCCCUGGCGGCGGCGAGGGUAAUCUCUUAUGGAACUGUCGUGACCUGCUGCUGCCUGAGGUGCCCACCGCGUGCUGGGCCAUCCACUCCAACGUGACGCAGGUGGACCUCUUCAACAACCACAUCACCACCAUUCGUAAAGGUGAUUUUGACGCGCUCUGGAACCUACACUACAUCAACACCUUCAUGGGCCACCUCAGCACGGUGGAGGAAGGCUCGCUGCGGGGACUCACACAUCUCCAACACCUGGAUCUCGGCUACAGUUUCUUGAAGGAGGUUCCUGAAGAAGUGAGCUACCUUACUCAGCUGCAGGUGUUGGCACUCGAGUACAAUUAUAUCACAGAGGUGCCCGUGGAGGUGAUCAAACCGCUUGUCAAUCUCCAAUGGCUCAGCCUUGUCCGUAAUCAUGUCCAGGCAAUACCAGAGCUGGAUUUCCUUCCUCACCUUACUUGGCUAGACCUGGAGGCCAACGAGCUGACUGCCCUGCCGGCGACGCUAUUCGGAGACCUGCUGUUCCCCUGCAAGCUCUGGAUCAACGACAACCCGCUCAGUGAUGUGGCCGCCAGGACGCUGCUUCCCCUGCCUGGCGGAAGCGAGAUCCGAACCAACGCCUCGGUGGCCAUCUGGGCGCGAGACGACGGGGAGAACUCACAGCUUCUGGCGAGAGAGUGGCACGUGUACGACAAGGAACUGAACGAGCUGGACCUGAACACCAUGAUCCACAGGUGUGACCAGGAGCCGCACGACCCAGACGACACACACCCAUGCCACAUGUGAGGGAUGCGUGGACCUCCGAGCCUCGCCGAGCGCCAACACCAAGAUGAAAGGUUCACUCACGACGAUGCUCAUUUCAUAUAUACAUGCCUUACCUGUCCUUAACACUCUUUCUCCUGUGGUCACCCUUUUUGACAGAACGCUGUAUAAGAAUGUUUUGUAGGGACACUAAACCAAGAGAGAGAGAGAGAGAGAGAGAGAGAGAGAGAGAGAGAGAGAGAGAGAGAGAGAGAGAGAGAGAGAGAGAGAGAGAGAGAGAGAGAGAUAAGAUGGGUGAUUUUUUCUUUCCUUAACUACGAAACUAUUUAAUAGAUUUUAUUACAGAUGGUGAUUACCAGAAAAACUGUGUAGCAGUGAUAGGACUGAAUUCAUGUUGGAUUUCAACUCAGUUACACAAAAGAAUGAGGAACAAACCAUUUACUGCAGUGCGUCUGUUCAUCAAUGUUUCAAGAAUCAAUUACACUGUGAGGGAAGACAACGCUGAAAGGUUUUGGUGUUUCAAUUCUUCCAUUCUUCUCUUCCUGAGUUUUCUUUUGUAUGUGAGUGUCUAAUAACGAUUCUAUGUAAUAAUUAACGAAGCUUAUGUAAUAAGAAUGGAAAUAAAGCGUUACAUGUAA